AUGCCCCUUCUGGCAAGGCAUGGAAGCAGCCGGAGAGUUUAUUCGCCCGCAUUGCUUUGUCACCCCGGCGUAAACACUCUGAUUGACAGACAUACCGCGGGCGUACGCCGCACUUCUUCGAAAAAGAAGCUGUGGAGUUCUUUCCGUGGGACCGCUGUGAAGAAUUUGUUGGCGCGGGGUUAUAGUCUCUCUCUUUCACUGCCAGCUUACAGACAUGAGCGAGUCAUACCAAGAGCCAAAGGUACACGCUGCCAGGCCUGA